AUGAUCGCCGAAACUUCAACAAUAUCAACUUCUACUUGCUUCGCUAACGGUUCAGAUAACCGACAAGGACCUUCAGCAUACGACCGCGAAAGCUUCAACUCGUGUUGGGUAAAAUCGCGCACACGAAACCCCAGAAGAAAGAAGAAGAAUAAAGAAGAAGAUGAAAAAACAGAAGAAGAAAGACCCCGCGCGGGCGCUCCCCGCGUACCAACACGCGCACGCCUAGUGCGCCCGCGCCCUGCACCCCGAUGCGCAUGCACGCCCGCGCCCCGCUCCCCGACACGCGCGCCCGCCGACGCCCCGCUCCCCAACACGCGCGCGCCCGCCCGCGCCCUGCUCCCCGACACGCGCGCCCAGUAGCGACCCGCUCCCCAACGCCUUGCGCCACGCUCCCCUUGCCGCACGCAGUGCGCGUUCCUUUCCCCUUGCCCCGCGCGCGCGCUUUGCGCCCCGCUCCCCGGGUGCCCAGCACGCCCGCGCCCGGCUCCCUGUGCACUCAGCACGUCUGCGCCCCGCGCCCCAUCAUGA